AUGUCACGACUUCGUAGACUCAUCGCUCCGUCACCACCACCGACCUCUUCACCACUUACUCCUUCCAAAGAAUAUAAACAGACAAAUAAAUGCAUAUCACUAUCCACCCACAUUCUCACUACCUUCAACAACUCCACACAUCACUCCGUCACCACCACCACCUUAAGCCCGCUCACCACCACCGCCCUCACCACCACCGCCCUCACCACCACCGCCCUCGCCACCACCGCCCUCACCACCACAGCCCUCACCCCCACCGCCCUCGCCACCACCGCCCUCGCCACCCCCGCCCUCACCACCCCCGCCCUCACCCCCACCGCCCUCACCCCCACCGCCCUCGCCACCCCCGCCCUCACCCCCACCGCCCUCACCCCCACCGCCCUCGCCACCACCGCCCUCGCCACCACCGCCCUCACCACCACCGGAAACGGAGGGCGUCGCGGAGUAUAUCUCAGGCCCGAGUUUUAUCUAUGA